AUGGCGCAGCGUCAGCCACGGCGGCAAACCCGCGAGCCCACCGAGGAGCAGACGGGCGGCCCGAUAUCCAAAUCCGACGAGACUAGCGCCGCGGAGCAGACACGUGGCAUCACCUCCGUCACCACCGGCGCGGACCCCGGCGCGCACGAGCGCGGCGCCGCAGGCGCCGGGUCGACUGGCGAGCAAGUGCGGCUCGGUGGCGGAGGCGCGCGGGGCGGAAGCGCGGGCGCGGAAGAAACGCCAGUGGGGCCGAUUCAAGGCAUGGAGGGCGGGCCGACGGCGGGCAUGGGCGCGCCGAUCCGCAUGGGGGACGUGGUGCCGGAGGAGCAGCUGAGCGCGGAGGAGAAGAGCCGCCCCGUCACUAAGGCGGACGCCGCUGAAGCGCAACGCGAGGAGACUGCAGCUCAUGGCGCGCCCGUGAAGGGCGGAACAGCAGCCACGCUGCAGUCAGCUGCGGACAAGAACGUGCAGGCGGGGGUGGUGCCGCCCAUGAAAGGGGAGAAGGCCUCUGCUCGCACGGGAUCCCUGGAGUCGGGCUCUGCAGGCGCCCCUGGUGCCACUGCUGGGGAGACGCAUAGCAAGGGUGCCUGA